AUUUGCUGCCAUGGGCAUCAGUCAAGAGUUGUGGCCCAUCCUAGCAGCACACCGAGACCUCUACGUUCCUCUUGCGGAACAAAUGGUAAACUGAUCGAAAUGGGAGAAACAGGGGAAAGUGAAGAUAUAAACUCCAGUUUCAAAGCUCAGUUAGAAGAUGAUGUCAUCAGGGAAGCUUUGACUCGGGUACAGACCUUCGGCAGUAUUCUCAGUCAGUUGAAAAAGAGCUUCGACAGUUGGAGAACUUGAGUAUCCAAGACUACAUCACCAAAGCACAAGAUAUUGCCACUCUUCAUCACCAGAUCACAGAAUGUGACUCCAUACUUGAAAAUAUGCAAGGGAUGCUGGAAGGUUUUUUAACUCAUCUAUCCACAAUCAGUCAAGAAAUCCAAUCACUUCAAGAGCAAUCUGCUUCCAUCAAUGUUCAGCUUACCAACAGAAAAGUUGUUCAUUCUGAGAUGUCAAGAUUUAUUGAUCAGCUUAUGGUUCCUGAAGUUAUGAUUCACCAUAUACUCAACACUUCAGUAACUGAUGAUCUCUUCAUGCAACAGUUGAAAGCACUUAACCAGAAGAGCAAGUUUAUUAAAGAACAGAAUUUUAGAGAUGCCCAUUCAUGUCAAGAUGUGCAAGAUAUAGUUGAUAAACUGACUGUUAAGGCAGUCAGUAAGAUUCGAGAGUAUCUCUUGCAAAAAAUUUAUCAGUUCCGCAAGCUCUUUCAAAUUACCAAAUCCCUCAGAAUGCUAUGAUCAAACACAAGUUCUUCUUUGAAUUUCUCCUCUUGCUGCAAGAAGUAUAGCAGCUGAAAUUCAUGAUGAAUAUGUGGAAACAAUGAGUAAAGUCUAUUGUUCUUACUUCCAGUC